AUGGUAGACGAACUGAAGAUGCACGUAUUUUUUAAAUUUCUAAGUAUUUUCCUUUUUUUAUCUCAUUGUUCAACAACGAUCGAAGGUACAUAUACAGCACCGUAUGUCGGAAUAAACAAAGUGUCCAUUGAAUACACUCUUCCAGCAUUACCUUAUCCAUACGAUGGAUUAGAGCCGUAUUUGGAUGCUGCAACUCUGAAGGUUCACCACAAUGGGCAUCAUGCUGCAUACACAAAUAAAAUGAAUGCUGCACUUAAAAAAUGGAGAUCAGAUGAUGCCGACAAUGACUUGGCAAAGGCUUCUAUCUAUACAAUACUGGGCAAUCUUGGGGAUGUUCCACUCGAACAUAGGAUGGCAAUACAGAACAAUGGUGGUGGUUAUGUGAACCAUGCCAUCUAUUGGGCUGUUAUGGGACCUGUAAACAAUGAUACAAAACUAACAAAUGAGGCAGUUGCACUAGUAAGAGAGAUAGCUGAAGUGUAUGGCGGCUUUGAAUCCUUUAAAGAUGUGUUCAGCAAUGCAGCCAAGACUCUUUUUGGUUCUGGUUAUGUAUGGCUGAGCAGACUUCCUAGUGAGACAAACCCAAGAGGGGAACUGAUGAUAAGCUCUAGUCCAAAUCAAGACUCGCCUAUUGCCCAGGGUCUUAAGCCUAUAUUAGUCAUAGAUGUAUGGGAGCAUGCAUACUAUUUAAAGCACCAGAAUCUGCGGCCAAACUAUAUCACUGAUUGGUGGACUGUUAUUGACUGGAACAGAGUUGCAGAAUUGGAUGAUUGGUGGCGUAACGAAGCGGAUUUAAUUGAGUCUCACGAUGAACUUUAGGUAGAAUCAUAUCUGCUUAACAGUUUAAUGAUGUAUUAAACACAUUGAGGGAGUGAAACUGCUAUUAAGGAAUCUGAAUAUUGCUUCAACUGGGACCAAUAAGACAUAGAUAUUGAAGAUUGGAUUAAGUUUAAACAUAACCUGGCAUAUAUUUUUUAUUACACAUGAGUAAUAAUAUGACAUGUUUAAUGGGUGGGGUUAUGCUUGGGCUUAUUGUGAAUAUUUUUAAGAGGUGCUACUUAAUAUUUAUUUUUCUUAUUAUGGAUAUUUCAUCCAUUAUUUAUUGUGAUUUUUAUAUCCCUCUAGUUACAGUAAAAGCCUUUGUGACUUUGUGAGCUGUUGACCCAUAUUCUUAAAAGCUUUGUGAAUCUCUUGUAAAAGCUGUAAUUAAUCAUGGGUAAAUAAAUCAAAUUUUAAUAGUUUUUUCAAAUUAAUAUGCUGUUGCAAAGUGCUUUGCGGGUUUUUGUCACUUCAACUGGUGUUAUUUUGGUGCUAUCUAUAACAUAUGGGAAUUUGCGAUUUUAGGCAUUUGGCUGAAUUACAAUUUGGUUGAUUUUUUAGAUCAAAGCAGCCAAUCAGGCUGGGCUCUUUUUUAUAAAAAAAUGGAAUUUUACCUUGUAUUUAAUGUAAUGAAAUUGUGUUCAAUGACAAAGUUGAAUUCUUCAUUAAUUCUCUGCAAAUAGUAAAUAUAUCUGUUGCUUGGCGUAAUAUAACUUAGUUUGGUUCAUUUCCUUAUGGAUUUAAGAUACUUGUUUCGUGUCACGUAUCAUGAAUAGUGUUAAUUACCAAUUGUAUAUCAUUAGAAUAAUACCAGUUAACAUGUACUCUAACAAGUUGGAAUGCUGUCUUAUUAGAGUCUACUAAACACAGGCCUCCUACGUCUUGGCAUAUAUCAACUUACAAAGGGGCUGAAUCAUUUUUAUGUAACCACCACAAGUGUUGACAUAUUG